AUGACUACCAUUGCUGGCUACCGCUGUUGUAAAACUGGAGACAACCGAAGGGGCAGUGGUAAUACCCAAGUCGAAACAGCUCGCCGUAGCGUGACUCUUCGCAUACGACACCAAGAAUCACCACCAGCGACUCUUGUAUUUGCCUUAGUUAUCCGAAAUCUAUCUUUAAAGAUUCCUUCAUCCCCGGUUUCAAAACAAACGUGGCCUCACUUAAACGGUCUCAGUCUAGCAGAUCCAGACUUUAGAGUACCUCGAGAGAUCGAUAUAAUUUUGGGUGCCGAUAUCUACGGCUCGUUAAUUCGAGACGGAGUUCGUCGUGGACGUCAAAAUGAACCAAUUGCUCAACGAACCGUCUUUGGUUGGACAAUCCUUGGACCACACUGGUCAGCAGAAGUUCCGAACCAUGUCGCUUCACCUAAUGUCACUGCAAUGCGCGUCAAAUCUCACGACGACCUUGUCGAGUUGCUGGAACGAUUUUGGGUUCAGGAAGAGAUCGCAGACCCAGUAAUCCCGGAGAACGAUUAUGAGUGUGAACGAUUGUUUCAAACUGAGCAUUGCCGUGACGUCGGUGGAAGAUAUACUGUAAGGCUUCCUCGUCGUUCGACACUCAAUUUUUCAAUGGGAGAAUCGCUAACUACUGCCAAGCGUGUACUUUCUUCCAUGUUACUUCGCAUGAAAAAAGAACCUCGUCUGUCGACGGAGUACACACAGUUUAUGACGGAGUAUGAACGACUUGGUCAUAUGAGACCCAUUAGCGAUGAUGUUGCGAUGAGGAGCGAAGCACCUGUCUAUUAUAUCCCGCAUCACGCAAUUUGGCAAAGUGCUGAUGGACGUCCUAAGAUAAGGGUGGUCUUUAAUGCUUCAAAACCCACAUCUCACGGAACCUGCACUAAUACCUUGCUACACUCAGGACCGAAAUUGCAAAACGAACUAACAACCGUCUUAAUGCGAUGGCGAUUCUUCCGCAUUGUCUUUUGCGCCGACAUCGAAAUGAUGUAUCGCCAGGUACGGGUACAUGAGGCGGACGUUGACCUUCAGCGGAUAGUAUGGAAACGUCCAGGCGAACAGAAGCUCACACACUUUCAAUUGCUCACCCUUACCUAUGGUGUUACUUGCUCUCCCUAUUUGGCAAUCCGAGUGUUGCACCAAUUAGCAGAUGACGCAGGAGAUCGUUUUCCGGUGGCAGUCAAGAUCAUACGAGACAACACUUACGUUGACGAUUUUCUAGCAGGAGCUGACAGCGAAGAAGAAGCGCUGGAGUGUCGUGAUCAACUGAUUGCGAUAAUGAACUCUGGAGGAUUUCACUUAAAGAAAUGGAUAUCGAACUCUCCGUCCCUCCUAGAUACGAUUCCCAGUAGUCACCGAUUACGUCCCAGCUGGCGCCAAAUCGAGAUAGACGGACCCGUUGGAGCGUUGGGAAUUUCAUGGGAUCCGAUCAGCGAUGAAUUUCGUUUCAAACCCCUCGACAUUACGCGUACUGAUACACCGACUAAGAGAAGCAUCCUUGCAACAGUGGCUCGUUUAUUUGAUCCUGUCGGAUGGCUGGCUCCUAUAAUUAUUGUCGCGAAGGUCCUAAUGCAAGACUUGUGGCGAAACCAACUUGACUGGGACGAUCACCUGCCGGCAACACUAACCCAAAGAUGGCUUGCCUUUAUCGAUCACUUGCCACUUCUCUCAAUGAUACGAUGUCCACGCUGGAUCGGGACUCAACCUGAUGAUUUAAUUGAACUCCAUGGCUUUGGCGAUGCAAGCGCCAUUGCGUAUGCUGCAGUGGUGUUCUUGCGGAUUCGAAAAUCAAAUGGAACAUUUCUAUCCAGAAUCGUUGCCUCAAAAACACGAGUAGCACCAGUAAAAACUAUCUCUAUCCCACGUUUGGAGUUGUGUGCUGCCGUGCUGGUAAUCGAGCUUCUUACGCGCGUUAUUACUGAACUAAGGUUGUCCGACUCUUCUAUUUACGCCUGGUCCGACUCACAAAUCGUGCUUCAUUGGCUUAGGUCUUCUGAUCCAUCCCGGUGGCCAGUUUACAUUGCCAAUCGAGUUUCAAAAAUCCAACGAUCUCUACCAUCGGUUUUGUGGCACUACAUCCCAACGAAGGAAAACCCUGCCGACAUUGCGACUCGUGGUACCGACCCGGGAACGCUUUCUGCAAUGAGGUUGUGGUGGCACGGUCCUUCGUGUCUAGAGCAGGAAGAUAGUGGAUGGCCGCUCAAUCCACCAUUCGAAGAACCAUCCUUUUCUCAGUCACAGACAAGCGAACUACCAUCAACAGUGCUCAUUGGUCAUCUCAAAACUGUUAAUGAACCGUUCUCACAGUUUUCCACUCUGAUGAAACUUCUUCGUUGCACCGCAUGGUGCAUGCGAAUAAAACAGAUCUUGCUACCCAAAGAGGAUCGAUCUCUCUUAAUGAAAAACGGAUUGCAAGCAACUGAAUUGCAACAAGCCUUUCUUGGUUGCGUUUAUUGGACUCAGCACCUUUACCUUGGCGACACUCUUCGAAUAUUGGAACACGGUAAGGAAUUACCACGAAGACAUUCACUUGCCAGUCUUCAUCCAUUCAUUGAUGCGAAAGGAAUUUUGAGAGUCGACGGGCGAUUGGAAAAUUCUCCACUGCCAUAUGAUCAAAAGAACCCUGUCAUUUUGCCAGGACAAAGUCAUCUUGCUGAACUCAUUAUUGACUGGGCACACAAAAAAUCGCUCCACGGCGGAUCUCAACUGACAUAUUCUUACGCCAUUCGACGAGCCUGGAUCAUUAAAGGGCGUGUUCGAGUCAAAGCGCAUGUUCGGCGGUGCAUCACAUGUGCUCGUACAAAGAUCCAGAGGGCUAGCCAGUUGAUGGGACAACUUCCAGCUGAGCGAGUGACUCCCUCACGGCCCUUUGAACGAUGUGGAGUCGACUAUGCAGGGCCAUUCUUAUUGAAGACUACGAAGGGUCGCGGAUACCGUGCGACUAAAGGUUAUAUCGCUCUGUUCGUCUGUCUGAGCGUGAAGGCAGUACACCUUGAAGUCGUUGGUGAUCUUACGUCAGAUUCCUUUCUAGCUGCUCUGCGUCGUCUCAUCGGUCGGCGCGGCGCACCGUCCGAAAUUUGGAGCGACAACGCAACAACUUUUCAUGGCGCUGAGGCGGAGCUCCGAUUGAUGCUUCGAAAGGCUGAAUUUGAUUGGGGUAUGAUCCAUGACUCACUAGCCAACCAGGGUGUGACCUGGAAAUUCAUUCCCCCAGGUGCUCCACACUUUGGAGGAUUGUGGGAGGCUGGAAUAAAAACUGCCAAGUCUCACAUGCGUCGAAUCAUUGGAACGCGAACGCUGACAUACGAAGAGAUGUCCACAUUGGUUGUGCAAAUUGAGGGUUGCAUGAACUCGCGUCCAUUGGUACCAGUUGUUGGAGAUCUUGAGGACCUGGAUGUUUUGACACCCGGGCACAUAUUGACAGGCGGACCAUUAUCACAACUUCCUGAAUCAUUAGACUUAAACCCUUGCUCGCAAAACGAUAAGCAUUGGCAUUUGGUGAAAAAAAUGAGGGAUCUCUUUUGGACGCGCUGGUCUCGAGAUUAUCUUCAUACACUCCAGCAGCGCAAUAAAUGGACCAGAACCCAAGCCAACAUCCGACCAAACGACAUCGUGUUGGUGAUUGAUCCUUCCUUAAUGCGAGCAAAUAAAUGGCCUCUAGGACGAGUCCAAGAAGUUUUUCCAGGACCAGAUGGACUUGUACGCACUGUACGAUUACGUACAGCUUUUGGGACUUAUGAAAGACCGAUUCACAAAAUCUCCCCCUUGCCGAUAUUAGUUCAGGAACAACAGUAA